AUGGAAGAGGUGGUGGUGAUGACCAUCAUAGUGGCGAUGGUGAAGAGGAUGGUGAUGAUGAUGAUGAUGUGGAUGAUAGCGAUGGUGAUGAUGACCGUGAUGGUCGUCAUGGUGGUCGUCAUGGUGGUCGUCAUGGUGGUCGUCAUGAUGGUCGUCAUGAUGAUGGUCGUCAUGAUGAUGGUCGUCAUGAUGAUGGUCGUCAUGGUGGUCGUCAUGAUCGUGAUCGUGAUGAUGCUCAUGAUGAUGGUCAUAAUCAUGGUGAUGAUCGUGAUCGUGGUGAUGAUCGUGAUCGUGGUGAUCGUCGUGGUGGUGGUCGUCGUGAUGAUCGUCGUGGUGAUGGUCGUCGUGAUGAUCGUCAUGGUGAUGGUCGUCGUGAUGAUCGUCAUGGUGAUGGUCGUCGUGAUGAUCGUCAUGGUGAUCGUCGUGGUGGUCGUCGUGGUGAUCGUCAUGAUGGUCGUCGUGAUGAUCGUCAUCAUGAUGAUCGUCAUGGUGGUCGUCAUGGUGGUCGUCAUGGUGAUCGUCAUGAUGAUCACCGCGAUAGCCAUGACCAUGAUGAUGAUAAUAAUGGCCGUGGGAAGCAGCAGUUUCGAAUUUCUCCCAUGUUAG